AUGUGUAUUCAUUACACAUUGCUGGCUGUUCAAGGAAGCGGCAAUUUUAACGCGCCCUUGGCGGUUUAUCAUGCGGCAGCUUACCAGCAAGAGAUCGAGGUGGAUGACGACAAACCAACUGAACUCCAAGCCCUGAAAGCCUUAGACGAUCCCGCGCCCAAGGAGACGGCCAAAUGGCCCAUCGCCGAUCUGCGGAUCGUACAGCCGUACGUGUACCUGGCUGUGCCCCGGAAGUACACUGAGAACAGCGCAGUGUAUGUGAUUGAGCCGAAGCACUUCAACUCAUCCAAGGAUUGGGACCCGGAGAUGAUGGAGCGCAACCGCAUCAUGCUGAGACGUUGGGCGAGCAACCAGCGCAUACUGACUCUGCGGGAAAUGGGCGAUGACGAUCAAUUUAAAAACUUGUAUAUGGGACUGCUGGAAGAGGAACGCGCCCAAAUACCUGAGCAGAUUGUAGAGCAAUAUAUCGACGACUAUGCCUCUGGUGAAGAGACUGAUGGUAUUGACGAGGGCGAAUACACCCCUUUUUAUCCCAGAGAAAUCGAGGCCCUGGAAAAGGCCAUGGCUCAAGAAUUAGAUACUACGGGCGAUAUCAAAAUGGAAAUCAAGACUACAGAGAGCGAUGAAGAAGUACCCAACAAGGAGAGCAUGGACAAGGACGACAGGCUGAAGGACCGCAGUGUCUACUUGCACGAGCAAGACACUGGCCUCGCCGACUUUGACGACAAGCGGUACCGUCUGUUGCAUAUUUGGGACGUAGACGACCAGUUACGCCGUGAGCAUACCACACGCGUGUACCUACCCGACUCUGAAGCGGAGCAAGAAGCUGAAGAGGAGGAGGCUGAGCGACAGGAGUAUCUGCGUGGUGAGAAGUGGGUCAGACGACGCAACAGGCGCAUUGAUGCGGGACUGGAUCCGAGUUCUUCCAGUGACGGACUAACUUCGGAAGAGAGUGCGUCGGAGUCAGAGGAAGAGCUUGAGUACAUGAAUCCAGAACGUCCCGAGAUGAUGCCCCAGCCACAGUAUAUGCCUGUUGGUAUCGAGUAUCUGGGUGUAGAGCAGAACAUGGUUGAGUAA